AUCCUCGAUGGGCACGCCGGAGACCUCGCGGGAGCCGUGCCCGGACCGCAUCCUGGACGACGUGGGCGGCGCCUUCGGGAUGGGCGCGGUGGGCGGCUCCGUCUUCCACUUCCUCAAGGGCACCUACAACUCCCCCAACGGCGAGCGCCUCCUCGGCGGCGCCCAGGCCGUGCGCAUGAACGCGCCGCGCGUCGGCGGGAGCUUCGCCGUCUGGGGCGGCCUCUUCUCCGCCUUCGACUGCACCAUGGUCUUCGCGCGCCAGAAGGAGGACCCCUGGAACUCCAUCAUCGCCGGCGCCGCCACCGGCGGCUUCCUCUCCAUGCGCCAGGGCGCCGCCGCCGCCGGCCGCUCCGCGCUCAUGGGCGGCUGCCUCCUCGCGCUCAUCGAGGGCGCCGGACUCAUGCUCAACCGCGUCCUCGCCGUGCCCCCGCCGCUCCCCGCCGACGACCCCGCCGCCAUCGCCGGCUUCCAAGGCGUCCCCGGCGGAUUCCCGGGCCUGCCCCAGCACGCCGUCAUCGCCCCCGAGGUCGGGACCUCCAGCAGCGACGGCGGUAGCUGGUUCGGGAGCCUCUUCGGGCGCAAGAAGGAGGAGGAGAAGAAGCCCAGUGCCAGUGGUGGCAAGUCGGAGAUGCUGGAGAGCUUCGACACGCCCAGCCCUCCGAUCCCAUCCUUCGACUACAAGUGAAUUUAAAAGGUAGCUGAUGGCACUGAUGCCCAGUGUGGCUCGAUCUGGAACUAGUAGUCUUGAACUGGGGAUGCAAUAUCUUGAAGAAGAGAUGGAAUACAUUUUUGAGGGGUACCGAAGUGUGUGUCGCUCCACUUUCAGUACUAUUAUCUAUGGGUCGAACCUGUUGGGAAAAUGUUUUGGUCGCUGGCUCUUA